GUGGGCGGCGGGCACGCAGAAAAAGGCCGGACGAGGCCCGAGCUCCGCACUCCGGAGAGACCGGUCCUGCCCAUGGAUGAUGCCGCUGUAACCGGGGAAGGGAGGAAUGUCUGGACUCCUGGGAUACCUGUCCAUCUUCCCGGCCCCAGACGCCAAACUCUGUCCUCCGACCGCUUGGGCUUGCUCUUCCAUUCGGCCAAGAUGAGGAGGCACUGGAAGAUAGAAGACGUCAGGUUCGUCUUUUCCUGUUUGCUCUUUCUCCUCUUCAUCGAUGGCAGCGCAUUGGAGCAAGUGAAACCCUCGGAGACGUACUGUGUAUUUCAAGACAAGAAGUACCGGGCAGGAGAGAGAUGGCACCCUUACCUGGAGCCUUAUGGGUUGGUUUACUGUGUAAACUGCCUUUGCUCAGAGAAUGGGAACGUGUUCUGCAGCCGCAUCCGAUGCCCCAGUGUCCACUGCCCCACGCCCGUUCACAUCCCUCAGCUGUGCUGCCCCCGGUGUCCAGAGGAGUCGCUGUCUCCAGUGAGCACUAAGACGACAGGGAAGUCCUGCGAGUACAACGGCACCACUUAUCACCACGGGGAGAUGUUCGUAGCCGAAGGGCUUUUUCAAAACCGGCACGCCAACCAGUGUGCCCAGUGCAGCUGUUCGGAGGGGAAUGUGUACUGUGGUCUGAAGACUUGCCCGAAGCUCAGCUGUGCCUUUCCGGUCUCAGUUCCCGAUUCCUGCUGCCGAGUGUGCCGAGGGGAUGGUGAAUUGUCAUGGGAACAUUCUGAUGGGGAUGUCUUCCGACAGCCAGCCAACAGAGAAGCAAGGCACUCGUAUCACCGCUCUCACUAUGACUCCCCGCCCAGCUCCAGCAGGCAGACGGCCAGCGGGUCCCGUUUCCCCGGGGCCAGGAGUAACCGGGGAGCCCUGCCCGACCCCCAACAAGCAUCGGGGACCAUCGUACAGAUCGUCAUCAACAACAAGCACAAGCACGGACGAGUUUGCGUUUCAAAUGGAAAGACCUACUCCCACGGCGAAUCUUGGCACCCAACUCUCCGGGCUUUUGGGGUCAUGGAGUGUGUGCUCUGCACCUGUAACGUCACCAAGCAGGAGUGUAAGAAGAUCCACUGCCCUGACCGGCACCCCUGCAAGUACCCCCAGAAAAUCGACGGGAAAUGCUGCAAAGUGUGUCCAGAGGAAAUACCUGGCCAGGGCUUUGACGACAAAGACUACUUCUGUGGAGAAGAGACGCUGCCCGUGUAUGAGUCAGUGUUCAUGGAGAAUGGGGAAACCAUCAGAAAAAUAGCCCUGGAGACUGAGAAGCCCCCUCAAGUUGAGCUCCAUGUUUGGACCAUUCGAAAAGGUGUCCUGCACCACUUCUCUAUGGAGAAAAUAUCCAAGAAGGCAUUUGAGGGGCUCCGGCCCUUCAAGCUCAUCACCAGGACCACUCUGAGCCAAUGGAAAAUAUUCACCGAGGGAGAAGCUCAGAUCAGCCAGAUGUGUGAAAGCCGUGUGUGUAGGACAGAGCUUGAAGACUUGGUAAAGGUUUUGUACCUGGAGAGGCCUGAAAAAGGACAUUGUUAGGGAGCUGAAAUGGAUGGGAGGGGGGA